GGCGGCGGCUAUGGAGGCGGUGGCGGAGGCUGUGGCGGCGGCGGUGGCGGCCGGGGUGGAGCCGUUCCCGGCGGUGGACAAGUGCGACGCGUCGGGGCGGGAGGGGCACGCAGUGGCGGCCGACCUGGAGGGGACGCUGCUCCGGUCGAGGAGCGCGUUCCCGUACUACGCGCUGGUGGCGUUCGAGUGCGGCGGCGUGCCGCGCCUGGCGCUGCUGCUGCUGCUGUCGCCGCUGGCGGCGGCGCUCGGGCUGGCCGUGUCAGAGUCCGCGGCGGUGCGGGUGCUGGUGUUCGCGGCGACGGCGGGGCUGCGGGUGGCGGAGAUCGAGUCCGCGGCGCGCGCCGUGCUGCCCCGGUUCUACGCCGCCGACGUGCACCCGGGGGCGUGGCGCGCGUUCUCGGCGUGCGCGCGCCGCCGCGCAGUGCUCACGGCCACGCCCCGGGUCAUGGCGGAGCCGUUCCUCAGGGACUGCCUCGGCGCCGACGCCGUCGCGGGCACCGAACUCGCCACGUGGCGCGGCCGCGCCACGGGCCUCGUCGACCCCCGCCGCGGCGUGCUCGUCGGCCGCCGCAAGGCGCAGGCCCUCCUCGACAUCUUCGCCGGCGACGAAGUGCCGGACGUCGGCCUCGGCGACCGCCGCUCCGACUACCCCUUCAUGAGCCUCUGCAAGGAAGCGUACAUCGUGCCGCGGUCGCCGGCGGUGGAGGCGGUGGCCAUGGACCAGCUGCCGCGGCCGGUGAUCUUCCACGACGGGCGGCUGGCGCGGCGGCCGACGCCGCUGGCGGCGCUGCUCACGGUGGCGUGGUUCCCCGUGGGGUUCGCGCUGGCGUGCGUGCGCAUCGCCGCGGGCGCGCUGCUGCCGAUGCCGUGGGUGUACUACGCGUUCUGGGCGCUGGGCGUGCGCGUCGUGGUGCGCGGGGCGCCGCCGCCGCGCGCCGAGCGCGCCGCGGGGCGGCGCGGCGUGCUGUUCGCGUGCUCGCACCGCACGCUGCUCGACCCGAUCUUCCUGUCGGCGGCGCUGGGGCGGCCCGUGGCGGCCGUGACGUACUCGCUGUCGCGGCUGUCGGAGUUCCUGUCGCCGAUCCGGACGGUGCGGCUGACGCGCGACCGCGCCGCCGACGCCGCCAUGAUCAGCGAGCUCCUGGACGAGGGGGACCUGGCCAUCUGCCCCGAGGGGACGACGUGCCGGGAGCCGUUCCUGCUGCGGUUCUCGGCGCUGUUCGCGGAGCUCACCGACGAGGUGGUGCCGGUGGCGAUGGAGAGCCGGAUGGGGAUGUUCCACGGCACGACGGCGAGGGGGUGGAAGGGGAUGGACCCCUUCUACUUCUUCAUGAACCCCAGCCCGGCCUACGUCGUCACGUUCCUCGGCAAGCUGCCGCCGGAGCACACCUGCGGCGCCGGCGGCAGGUCCAGCCACGAGGUGGCCAACUACAUCCAGAGGCUCAUCGCCGCCACGCUCUCCUACGAGUGCACCAGCCUCACCCGGAAGGACAAGUACAGGGCGCUCGCCGGCAACGACGGCGUCGUCGACAACGCCACCGGCAAGCUGCCGCCGGCGAUGGUGAAGAGCAGCAAGGCCAAAGCUUGCUAGAAUAAAUAUAUAUAUAUGAAAAAAAAGGAGAGAACUGUUCUAGUAGUGUAAAACUAUAAUGUUAUUAAUUUUACCUGUGUUGAUUUGCAUGGGGCAGUAAUUUGUACUGUGUAUGCACUUGCAAUGUACCAACUAGGGAGUUGAAUGCAAUUUACAUAAGUUAAAGCAAUGAGGGGGACAAGCAAA